AGAAGUUGAGGAUGGAUGCACUUACUUGUCAGAACGAGCUGAAGGCGUGAGAUGAGCAGAAAACUCAACCCUGACCAGUCUUCUCCUGGUGAGAUUCGUUUUCUGGCCACAGCGUUUGGUCCCGCCUCCCGGAAGAGCUACACGCGACAAGGGGCGGGGCUACCGACAACCGCGUCAGGCGAAGGGGCGGGCUUCCGCGCCGUCCGUGUUACAGAUGUAGAACAUGACUUCUUGUGCGACUUCCCAAAGGGAAAAUAAAAUUCUGCGACAAUGGUGUAAAAACAUUACAAACUGUAUUUCAUAUCACUCAUGUACUAGCGUUGCACAUACAUACAAAUAAUAAUCAUAAUAUUAAUAAUAAUAAUUGCACUGUGAUGCAAUAUACACAGAGUUCUAUGCUUUAGGGCAGUGGUUUUCAAAGUCGGGGCCGCCAGGGGGCGCUCGGGGGGGCCGCAAUCAUUUGGUGUGAAAAAUAAAUAAAAGUAUGUUUUCUCUUUCUCACUCUGAGACAACCACACGCACGCACACACACACACACACACACACACACAAUUCCUAAAGUAAUGUAAUGUAAAGAUGUAAGAUGUAAUCUUUAAUAAAAAAAGGGGGAUAUAUUCAGAAGUCUGUAUUUUUAAUGUGUUUUAAAGACACCUUGCAAAAGGGCGGCCUCGGUCAAAUGGUAAUGCCAUUUGGGGGGCCUCGCCCUGGGAAAGUUUGGGAACCCCUGCUUUAGGGAACAACCCUUGUGCUUAGUUUGCUGAUUUUGUGAGGUGUUUAAAUAUCUCGUAUUCCUCUCAGCGACGUCUCAAAUCUGCCCAACUGCGUAAAAGUAGGUGUGUUGGUGUGUUGGUGUGUGUGGACCGUUGACGGUAAAGUGAUGAUUAUAAACACACACCUGCAUGAUGACUCGGGGAUUCUGAGAAACAAACUCACACAUGUGUGUGUGUGUGUGUGUGUGUGUGUUUUUAAAACGCCGCUGAUUCACACACCGACGAGAGAAAGGAGGAGACGCCACGGCACACAGGAGCGUCACCUCCGUGUCAUGGCGACGUCCGUGUCUUCAUCGGGGAGUAAAGAUCUGGGGCUCAGGAGUGCAUCGCUGCUCGGCAAAACGUCGUCGAUCUCCAUCAUGAGUGAGAUAAAAAACUUCACCGUGCCGUGUUUGGAUUUGGACACGUUCCUCUCAGCGAAGGUGAAACUGCGCCAAGAAGGCUUUCUGGAUUCCAACAUGAAGACCUGCUUGGAUUUUGCGAUCCAGACGCUGGAGAAAUUCCCUGCCUCGAAACGCCGUGACGUCUCUCUCACCUUUGAAGGAGAGAGGCAGCUGGUUCGGUUCACUGCAGGAAACCCCGUCCUGCUGUACGUGGUCCGUGUGGGUCAGAACGGUCGGAUCCGUCGUCUCAGAGCCAGCUGGAGCUGAGGAUCGUGUGCGGUGAGCUUCAGAUUACUUACACUACCCAGCAGCCUCAGCGCAGCCUUUUCGUCUGCCCUCGCCGACGAGUGUGCUUCAGCAAAACGCUGAACCUGGAGAAGCUCCUGGAGACCAAAACACGUCUGGAGAGAAGCGGCGAGAUGAAGGAAGGCCUGCUGGCUUGUUUCCAGCACCUGCUGAUCAACUACAGUCAGUUUCAGGAGGAAAACAUCCGCGUCCUCAUCCAGAGUGACGGAGAGCUGGUGGAGCUCGUCUGCGGACGCGACGGAUACCACAGCACGCAGCACUUCGUCUUCACCGACGGACAGAAUCGAGCUCACAGCCACAGGGUUCAGGACAUGGAGCUGUGGGAGUACGAGUGAAGGUCGAGGGGCCAGGAGGACACUCGGGUGGACGGAUGGAUAGAUGGAUAGAUAGAUAGAUAGAUUCAAUAACCGGCAGUUGUGGCGAGGAAACACAAACACGGACACAGGUAGAUUCUGCGACCCCAAACAGACUCCAGAUUCACGAAAGCGUCGUAGUGCAAAGGUCACGGUCAAACGGUAGAGCGAGCGUCACGCCGAACACUCUCUCUCUCCUAGUUGAGACGAUCUUACCUUUACGACGCUUUUGGGAAACUUCCUCCUCCGACACGCAACUGAUCGAGGAGAUGAGUGCGCUACGCCACCGAGUCUCACCAGAACACCACUGAAGCGCACUGGGAACGGAGCCUUGGAGAACGGAGACAUGUCCCGCCGAGCAGAGGGCGUGAAAGAUGGGCGGGGCUAGAGAAGAGCCAGGAUACCGACCUUAUGCUACUAGAUGUUGUUAUAUGACGCAGAUGCAGUACUUCAUAUAAAAUUACUUUCAUCUUUCUACAUGCAUUGCAUAACAAUUCUAUUUGUACAAUCACCUGUAACUUUAUAAACUCUUGUUUAUGAGAAGCAGUAGACAUUCUGUAAAAAACAAAAAAACAACAACAACAACAACAACAACAAACCCAUCAGAAGACUUGUAAAGACAUUUCCAUGUUCAGUGCUGACGAAACGGUUUUUACCCUGAGACUCGAUGAUGUUUUCUUUUGUACGAGCAAAAUAAAUCAAUCACUUAACACAAAGUGUCUUUUCUUCCAGCAGAAAAAGAAAACAGUACAGAGAAGAGAAGAAAGGCAGAACAGGACCAGAGAAUAAAAGAGAAGCGCAGAAGAACGCAGAACAGUACAGUACAGAACAGUACAGUACAGAACAGUACAGAGCAGAGCAGAGACGCAGGGAAUGUUCAGGACAGACCAGAACAGAGAACCAUAAAGUACAGAACAGAGAGACGAGCAGAACGGAGGAAAGACGGAGAGGACCGAGCAGACGAGAGCAGAACAGAAAGUCUGGGUAUUAUUGUGAUCGUGUACCUUUAAGAACGUCCGGGCGGUUCUGCUGUGCAGGAAAUGAAACCGAAAGAGAGGAUAUCCGGCCCUUACGCUGAGGGACACGAACACGUCUAUUCACGGAACCACGACAGGGUUUAGUCGAUGGACCCUGAGUGCUGCACUGAUCAGUGUUUCUGUGCUUUUUAUUUUCUACAGCUUUGUGUGAAGGAACUCGAAGAGCUCUGUCGCUCCUCUACACGAUGUCUGGAGCACCAGAAACCUUUGAUGUGCAUCCUGACACGCAAGGCAUACUGUCAGUGAAACAGAAGCUGAAGGAGAAGGCAUGCAAGGACAACGUCCUCCUCUCCAACCUGGAUAUUUCCGAGCGCAUGUUUAGACACAACCCUCUCGACGAAGCCAUGACCCUGCAGGUCAAAAGUGAAUGUCAGUGUCUGAAAAUCGGCAAAGUCGGCGGCGUGAUUUACACCGUGUCGGCCGAGGACGGUAAAACUCGCAUCGAUUGCUGCGUCUACUGCGACGGCGACGCGGUCGUGGACGCGGACGUCAAGAGCAUCUAUUUCAGCGUGCACUCCUGCCAGAACCAGAUGAGAUCCUGUUUUACAGAAGCCAAAGACGUGGUGGGGUCCAAACAUCAGGCGUUAAAGAUCACGUGCAACAGGUUCUCCAUCACCUUCACCAUCAGAGGCGUACCGGACGAGAUCAAGACGAUCGAAACCAAGUGCCAGUUUAAGCUGCGGUAUAUAACGGCGGAGGGAUUGCUGGAAAGGAAGUGCUGGAUGCAGAAGGAGAAAACGAACCGCCACUUGAUCGCGUGUCUCGAUUUUCUGAUCGAGAAAUAUCUCAACACAUCCGAGUAUCCCGAAUCUAACUGCAGGUUCAUUUUACAGGGAAAUAAAGAAAUGGCAGAAAUCCUUUCAGAGAGUCCAUGCACUCAGCAGUACAUUGUGAUAUGUGAUGAGUAUUCCAAAGUCUCCAUUUAUCCGCCCAAACUGAAGCUGUAGUCCCUGACACGUGUCCAACAAACUGCACAUUUAUGCAAAUUUCCCAAAUAUCAUCUGCAUCUUCAUCCACUGUUCCAUGUUUAUAUAUAUAUAUAUAUAUAUAUAUAUAUAUAUAUAUAUAUAUAUAUAUAAUCACAAUGUCUUUGAUGUCUUUGUCUAGACCAUGCAACUCCUAGUGUUUUCUUACAUCAUAAAUACACAGGUUUCAUGUCCUCUAAUCUCGUGUCUCUGAUGUCGAGCAAGUGUAUGUGUUUAUAUCUCGUUAUACAGUAUAUUAUACACCUACAACCCUCCUUUCAAAUCUGAAUAAACCCUUUGAUUUCA